AACGUAGAUCUGUGCAAGAGCCGCCUUUAGCAAUGUGGGCUCUGUCCUUGGCGCUGUUCCUGCACGCAGAAGCGGAGCCAAACCCUCCGCAGUGGCCAGCAAGCGUAAAUGUGUUUGGCCCGGAAGACGACCUGGCUACCAUCGAGGCGGCGGUGAACGCUGCCUACGCCGUGAAUGGCGGGCAGCCGGACAUCGGUCAGUUCUCCUCAAAGAGGUUUGUGUUCAUGUUCAAGCCGGGCAGCUACAACGUGGAUGUGCCCGUGGGCUACUACACUCAAGUCCUUGGCUUGGGUGUGGAACCCUCGGAGGUAAUCUUCACCUCCAGCAAGGGUGUGUACUCUGAGGAGUCGAACUUUGCGGUGAACCCGGGCGCGCUGUGCACCUUCUGGCGCGCAGCCGAGGGCUUCCAAACCAAUGCUGUGUAUGCCUGGAACGACAACGGGAAUCAAGGCAUGCUGUGGGCAGCUUCACAAGCGGCAUCCCUGCGGAGGAUCAUCGUGACCAACGAUCUGGACCUCUACCAGUAUCGCCAGGGCGAUCGCGCUGCUGGCUAUGCCUCCGGGGGGUAUAUGAGCAACUCCAUGGUCAAGGGCAAAGUCUCCAGCGGCUCGCAGCAACAGUACCUGGCGCGGAACUCGCAGGUUGGUACCUGGCGAGACGGUGUCUGGAAUGAGGUCUUCGUUGGCACGGAAGGCGCCCCCAGCAGCCAUUGCGGCGCGGACGCCGCCAAGUGUGCGAAGCCUUUCGUGACGGUGAACGCGGCGCCCAAGGUGGCAGAAAAGCCCUUCAUCAGCUUCUCCAAUGGCACAUACCAGCUGAACAUCCCGCGGGUGGUCGAGAACACGCGGGGCGUCAACUACAACAACGUGGAUCAAGUGGGAUUUGAGCAGGUCUACGUUGCAGAUGCGUCAAAAGACACGGCCCAGAGCAUCAAUGCAAAGCUUGGACUGGGCCUUCACGUUGUGCUGACCCCUGGCAUCUACACGCUCUCCGAGCCAUUGCGCUUGGCGCACAACCAGCAGGUUCUACUUGGCCUGGGCAUGGCCACACUGUGGGCGAGUGCUCAGGGCGCUGUGGUGGUCAGUGGCUGCGGCGCCCGCGUCGCCGGGCUGCUGAUUGCGGCGCACUCCCCGAAGACUGCGCCAGCCCUCCUGGAAUGGCAAAGCCCAGGCGCAGCUUGCAGCAGCACUGGAGUCAUGAGUGAUGUCUACAUGCGAGUGGGCGGCCCAAAGAACGAAGCUCCAGUCCAGGCAGAUGCAAUGCUCCAAGUGGACGCUGACAACGUGGUCCUGGACAACUCCUGGCUGUGGCGUGCGGACCACCUCGAGGGUGGGCAGAAGGUGAAGGGCCAGAACCCAUGUCAGGUUGGCGCCAUCAUCAACGGCAACGAUGUGAUAGCAUACGGCCUUAAGGCUGAGCACUCCCUGACAGACCAGGUGCAGUGGAAUGGCGAGCGGGGGAAGACAUUUAUGUUCCAGGCGGAGCUGCCGUAUGAUGUCAGCCAGGCCAACUUCGGCGACCAUGGCUACACCGGGUAUCGCGUUGGCGGCAGUGUAACCGCGCACGAAGCGUACGGCGUGGGCGUGUACCACUACUUUCGCGACAACAUCGUCACAGUGCCGUCCGCCAUCAUUGCCCCGCCCGCACUGGAGUCCUCAUUUGCCUCCCCGCUGUCUGUCUUCCUGAAUGGAAAGGGCACCAUCCUCCAUGUGCUGAAUGACAAAGGGAACGCUACCGCCAUUGAUCCGCAAGACCCAGGCAGCGCCUUCGCGCAAUGGUACUGCAUGGCCAAGAAAGCUGGGCAUGCCGCUGGUGGAACCUGCAAAGUGGGAGACGCGGUGCUUUGCCCGGGCACGUCUGUGGGCUGCCAAGGUAACACCUGCUGCCCUGAUGGUUCUACCUGCCCAUCAGCAGAGGAGGACUUUGCCUGCUGCCCGCACACGAAGAAGCAGGAUUGCUUGCCUCCCUCGGCUGGGCAGCUGUGCCUGCAGGAAGGCAAGCUGACGGACUGCUGGCAGUCUCCCUUGAGCCUGGUAGUGUGAGCGCUAACAUGGAGUGCUUUCGUUUGACGUUUCCACACGACCUGACAACAGGUUCUUUGUUCAUGGCAGCUCAGCAACUUUAUAUGAGACUCUGAGAGCAUGCAGACAUAUGUGUGCGUCAAUCCGCGGGUCCUUGGGUGCAGCUACUUGGGCUGCCUCUAGUGCGGCUGCGUUCGAUGCUGAAGCUGAUGCCUUGCGUCAGGGCAAUGCCAUUCAUUUGACUGGUCACAGGAUAGGGCA